GCUAGUUCCUGUUCACUCUCCAAACACAGCAAGAGGAGCUCCUGUUGCCUUCACUGCUGGUAGAAUUUGGGUUACAUGAGGAAACAACCAGUCUGAAGCAGGGCAUGAGCCUGAGCUCCACUCAGAGCCAGAGGCAGUCAAAGAUCUCAUGGCUGGUUUUAAGCAUGUGCAGCACCGGCUUGCAAAGACGAGCCCUGCUCUGGGGGAGACUUUGCCUCUUCUCUGGCUGCAGCGAUUUAAUGACUACAUCGUGGAGACCCGAAGGAUGAUGCAAUGAAACAUCUCUUCACCGAGGCAGACCAGCCCAUGCUCUGGGCCUGGCAGCUACAGCGUGGGCACCAUGUCGGAGCGCUUCGACUGCCACUACUGCCGUGACCCCCUGCAGGGGAAGAAGUACGUGCAGAAGGAGGGCAGGCACUGCUGUGUCAAGUGCUUCGAGAAGAUCUGUGCCAACACCUGCAUCGAGUGCAAGAAGCCCAUCGGAGCCGACUCCAAGGAGCUGCACUUCAAGAACCGUUACUGGCACGACAGCUGCUUCAAUUGCUUCAAGUGCUACACCUCCUUGGUCAACGAGCCCUUCAUGCUGAGGGAGAACAACAAGGUCUGGUGCAGCAACUGCACAGCUGCUGCGGAUGCCCCCAGGUGUAAGGGCUGCUUCAAGCCCAUUAUUGCAGGAGACCAAAACGUUGAGUACAAGAAGAUGGUCUGGCAUAAGGACUGCUUCACCUGCAGCCAGUGCAAGCAAGUGAUUGGAUCUGGGAGCUUCUUCCCCAAGGGUGAUGACUUCUACUGUGUCUCCUGCCACGAGCAUAAGUUUGCCAAGACCUGUGCUAAAUGCAAGAAUCCCAUCACUUCUGGAGGCCUCACCUACCAGGAACAGCCUUGGCAUUCUGAGUGUUUCAUUUGCUCCAACUGCAAGAAGCAGCUGGGUGGGAAGCGCUUCACGGCCGUGGAGGAUGAGUUCUACUGUGUGGAAUGCUACAAGGAGUGCGUGGCCAAGAAGUGUGCUGGCUGCAAGAACCCCAUCACAGCAGGGUUUGGAAGAGGAACCAGUGUGGUUAACUACGAGGAUGAGUCCUGGCACGAUUACUGUUUCAAGUGCACCAGGUGUGCCCGUGCCCUGGCCAACAAGCGCUUUGUCUGCCACAAUGGGAAGAUUUACUGCGCCGAGUGUCCCAAACGGCUGUGAGGAGCAGGCACAAAAGCGCUGUAAAAAUGGAGUUUAGAGCCCUGCUUUUCCCCAAAACAGGCCUGGUAAAAAGGAGCAGGUGGUUGGUUGGUUGGUUGUGGGUUUUGCAUGUUAACAUUCUUAACUUUUUCCAUUUUAGUACCAAAGCUAAAAGCAGCCUCAUGAUAAUCGAGUUUGACUUUUGAAGCUCCUGCAAGCUGAGACAAUCUUAACUCUGCUCUCAAGUAACUCUUAGUUGCUUGCAAUGCUCCUAGGUUUAGCAUUAGAGCUAACCUGUGUGUGGCUUCAGCUAUAAACCCGACUAGCUGCCUGGUAUCUGUUGAAAGUUAGCACUGAGGUGGGUUGGAGGAGGCUGGGGAUCAGCUCCACGCUGCUGCUGUCACACUGAGCACACCACACCGCUCACAGCAGCUCACCCAUCACUACCUGAGCUUGUCCUGCCCCCCCCAAACUGCAGCAUGUGUAUGGAAUGGCUUCAUCUUACCUAGAAAUAACAGGGUUUGGCAGUAAGAGUUAGUUCUAGUUAAGCAUCCCUAAACUUUAGUCUUGAUUCCUGCAUGGGUUGCUGCACAGUUUUUGCUCAUCAGCUUUUUUUUACAAGGCUGUCUGCACACAGUGAUCUGCUAAGGAGAAGGAAAAGCCUUCAACUCAACCACAGUGCACAUGGCAUUUUAGGAGUGCCCUAAAGCCAGCUCAGACAAUGCCAGCUCUCCUCUGGGGGCAGUGUGUGCUUCCUGAAUGAAUAAAAACCACACUAGUGCCUGCUUGAGUGA